UCUUCAAGGGUGCUGAAGAGUUGUUCGGAUCAUUUUCUAUUUUUAGUCCUAAACUCCCAGGUUCCCCUUGAAGGACCUCCAGGCUGUUUACAGCGCUGCCUGUGACGCAUCUCCAGUAUUUAGCUGGUGGACCUCAGCUGUCUUCCGCGCUGCCUGCAAAAACAACAACUCCCCAACCUGCUCCGCUUUGCUCCUUCGUUCUCUUUCGCGGAGGUCCUCCGUCGAGCGUCCCCUGACCGAGCCGCGCUGUCUUGCUUGGUCGGCGGGAGGACAAGCCGGCGCCGGAGGGAAAGACAAUGGACCAAUGCGUGACGGUGGAGCGCGAGCUAGAGAAGGUGCUUCAGAAGUUCUCCGGCUACGGGCAGCUGUGCGAGCGGAGUUUAGAGGAGCUGAUCCAGUACGUGGCAGGGCUUCGCCGCGAGAUCCUCCAGAGCGAAAAUCCAGAUGAAGAUCUAUCAGGUACAAUAUCACUUGUUAUGACCCAAUGUUGUAAACGAAUAAAGGACACAGUUCAAAAAUUGGCUUCGGAUCAUAAGGAUAUCCACAGUAGUGUUUCUCGUGUUGGGAAAGCAAUUGAUAAGAAUUUUGACUCUGACAUUAGCAGUGUUGGAAUAGAUGGAUGUUGGCAGGCUGAUAGCCAGAGGAUUCUGAAUGAAGUUAUGGUUGAACACUUUUUCCGGCAAGGAAUGUUAGACGUAGCUGAGGAGCUUUGUCAGGAGUCUGGACUUUCUAUAGACCAAAGUCAAAAGCAACCAUUUGUGGAGCUGAACCGAAUAUUGGAAGCACUUAAAGUUAGAGUUUUGAGACCUGCAUUGGAGUGGGCUGUUUCGAACAGAGAAAUGCUUAUGACACAGAAUAGUUCCUUAGAAUUUAAGCUACAUAGAUUAUAUUUUAUUAGUUUAUUAAUGGGUGGAACUGCAAAUCAGAGAGAAGCAUUGCAGUAUGCAAAAAACUUUCAACCAUUUGCUCUCAAUCAUCAGAAAGAUAUUCAAAUUUUGAUGGGAAGUCUUGUAUACCUGAGGCAAGGAAUUGAAAAUUCUCCAUAUGUCCAUUUACUAGAUGCAAAUCAAUGGGCAGACAUCUGUGACAUUUUUACAAGAGAUGCUUGUGCAUUAUUGGGACUCUCAAUUGAAUCACCUCUUAGCGUUAGCUUUUCAGCAGGUUGUGUAGCAUUGCCAGCUCUAAUUAAUAUAAAAGCUGUGAUAGAACAAAGACAGUGCACUGGUGUUUGGAAUCAGAAAGAUGAAUUACCAAUUGAAGUGGACCUUGGCAAAAAGUGCUGGUAUCAUUCAAUAUUUGCUUGCCCCAUCCUUCGUCAACAAACAACAGAUAACAACCCACCCAUGAAGCUAGUUUGUGGUCAUAUUAUAUCAAGAGAUGCUCUGAAUAAAAUGUUUAAUGGCAGCAAAUUAAAAUGUCCUUAUUGUCCUAUGGAGCAGAGUCCUGGGGAUGCCAAACAGAUAUUCUUCUGAGGACACAAAUUAUUAUAUGUGUGUGAUCUGGAAAACUUAAACAGGCAAAUGUUCCAUUUUGUGCUGUACAUACAAAGGAGAAUUCUUGUGUUUUAUAUGAGUCUGAUGCUCCAGAAAUUUUUGCCAACAUUUAUUGCAGAUGUACAGAUUGGAAAAGCUCCAGAUGUAAUAUCUGUUAUAGGGCUUUUACUGUAAUCUUGGUCAUCAUAUCUGACCAAGAUACUACACCAGCAGUCAUUCAAUGCAGAUUUUUUUGUACUUAAUUCUAUGAUGACUUUGCUUUAUAAAGUAGACCAGUCACCAUAUAAUUCUAAUAUUUGUCCUGCUGUUAUCAUUCUGAUUGAUUAUUGUCACCAUAAAGAAUGUGAAGGAAUUUUUUUCAUUAGCAUGUAAAUAAUUAAGAGAGGAUUUCAGGAAAAAAGUUUAAAAAUUGAAUAGUGGAUAUACUUGUAUUUCUCUUAUUAUUUUUCCAAGUCAGAAGUCUGACAUUUUCAGAGAGUUUUUUUUCCUCCUGUUGGAACAUUUUUUCUCAGCUUCUAAAUUCCACCUAAAUUCUACCUAAAUGUGCUUAUAUAUAAAUUGCAUAAUAUUUACAUAAGCAUAACAGAUUUCCAAUUAUUUCUGAUUUAGAAAAAUAGCAGGUGAAUAAGGUUUCCUACACUUAUGAAUUUUUUUCAGUUGUUUUCAUAACCAAGAGUUCUUUGGUAGCUGAGAGAAAUCAAUACCGCAGAGCUCUAGAAUGGAAAGUUUUUCCAGCUAAUACUUGUUCUUCAGGGUUUUUUUAGUUAUACUGUAAUUUAAGGUUUGAUUUCAAGAUCAGUGUCUUGUUGCUGUACAGUUUACUAGACAUGAUUGUUACAUUAUUUAUAAAGUUAUCAGAACCAAAUACACUGUUGCUAAUGUUCAUUGUUAAGAAGAGGAGUAGAAGGUGUUUCACUAUCCCAGGUUUGGACCUCCAUCUUAUAGAAAUAAAUAUAUCUUCUGUUGUUAAGAGCGUUGUGCCAGUGACCAUGUCCCCAUAAAUAUCAUGAUAUCAUUUUAUUCUUAAAUUUAUUAUACUGGUGACAAAGCAGAUAUCUAGAUUAGAAACUUUAAACUGAAUUUGAUCACCAUUCUCCCUACCAGGAGAAUCUUGAGUAUCAUAGGAAGAAGAAACAUUAGUAGAUUCUAAUAUCCAAAGUCUUGCUAAUUUGCAGUGGCCUGGAUUCUCUGGGAAAAGCUAGGAUAGGUAAAGGAUUAUGCAUUUGUACUAUAAAUAAUAUCCAAAGUGAAUAUAUACUUACAAAUUUGAUGCGCGUUAUAGCAAAUGUCAUGUGUGCAUUCAUUGCAUUGUCCUACAAUAAAGCAGGAGAGCUAUUUGAUAUUUAUUGCUACUAAGAUUCCAUGUUUGUAUGGCUGGAUACUAAAAUAAUUAAAUCCACUGGCCCAGUGCAUUACACAGAAAAAUGUUCAUAAAAGUUUUACAUGUUCUGAUAAUUUGCCAUAGUCCCAAAGAAUAUACCAAUGCAACCUGGCACUAUUGUUCAAAUAGAAAAAAAAGAAGUAAAACUGUACACUGUAUUCUCUGAGUUACUUCUAUAACGUGCUUCUAUAGAAAUUUAAUAAAGAUAAUGAGAAACAA